GAUAGAAAGGCAGUAAAUAAAUAUUAUCCACCCGAUUGGAGACCUGAAAAGGUAAUUUAUACUUAUGAAGAUCUUAUAUUCAAACUUUCUUAUUCAUUCAUUUUUCAUACUUUCUAUUUAUAUUACAACCAAGGUUCCAUCAAUAAAUAUCGCGGUAGUCACCCAUUGAGAGAUAGGGCUAGAAAGCUCGAUCAAGGCAUCCUAAUUAUAAGAUUUGAAAUGCCAUAUAAUAUAUGGUGUGAUGGUUGUGGUAAUCAUGUUGGAAUGGGAGUUAGAUAUAAUGCGGAAAAAAAGAAAGUUGGAAAUUAUUAUACAACUCCAAUUUUUAAUUUUCGGAUGAAAUGCCACUUAUGCGAGAAUAAGAUUGAAAUGGAAAAUGAUCCGCAGAACUGCGAUUAUAAAAUUGUCAAAGGAGCUUCCAGAAAGAACGAGAGGUGGGAGGGUAGUGAAGGAUCCAUUUCAGUUGAUGGAAAAGAUGAAAAGAAAAAAUUACUUUCAAAUGCUAUGUACAAAUUGGAGCACGAUAUCGAAGAUGCUGAAGCAGGGCAGCAAGCCGCUCCAUCUCUAGAUAAAUUAGAACGGCAUAUGGAUGUUUGGAAAGACGACUUUUCAGUCAAUCAGUUACUACGAAAUAAAUUUAGGAAAAAUAAAGCAGUAACGAAACAGCAAGCGCUUGAUGACGACAAGUUGAAAAAGAAAUUUUCUAUCGAUAUAUCAUUAAAGGAAGAAAACGAUGAAGAUAAGAUUGCUGCGUCAAGGAUUAGAUUU